UUUAAUGUAAGUUUAAAAUUUAAAAUUUUAAAAUAAAAAAAUUUUUAAAAAGUUUCGAACUGAUUGGUUUUGAAAAAUAAUUUUCGAGUUUCCACUCUAUGUUCGGUCGGUAAUUCAGGUGUAGAUGGCGCUACUAUGAGUAAUCCAUGAAUUUUGAUAAAUAUCCCUAGUAGAAAUUUGUCGUGGCAUGACUAGAUUUACUCAAGUUACUGUACAGUUUUAGUCAUGGCAGUUUAUUCUAGCUUAACUGUCGAAUUACUAGACAGCUACUGCAUAACACUGUUAAAGAAAAUAUAAAGUUGAACUUGAUUAUUACUGUAUAAAAGUCCUGUACAGUUAUUUUCAUGGCACUGUCGAGGCGUUCCGAGAAAUUAUGUUCCAAAGUUUGUCGUGGCGUUAGCGCUACCGCCAGUUUCAGUAACUAAACAGUUGUGUAUUGACACUUUCUAUUGAGUGAACAAAAAAUGGAUGAAGACGAGAGGCAAAAAAGGAAGCGACAAAAAGCUAAUUCCAGACAGAGAAAAAGGCGAGCACGUCAAAAAUUGUGGAGAGAAAAUGCCGAAUUGCAACGAGCUCGCGAGGAAGAUGAAAAUAUUACAUCUGAAGGAUCUUCUGACGAAUCUGUUCAUCCUCUGUCAGGAAAUGAUUUUAAAAACUUAAAAACAGCACCUCAAAACAUCCAAUCAGAUAUUCCUGAGACUCAGAACAUUCCAAGUAUUGAUGUUGAAAGCAAAAAUGAAAAUAGCGAUUCUACAAAUAAAAGCGAAAAUGACAACAGCUCAAAUUUUAAUGACAGCGAGAACGAAUCUGUUUUUGAUAUUAGUGACACUAAUGAAGAUGAAAGUUCUAGUGAAGAAUUUACUUUUGCCUCUGAAGUUGACGCAUUGAGAGAUUGGGCAAUUGAUUGCAGUAUUAGUCAAAGUCAUUUAGAUAAAUUAUUAUCUAUACUAAGACGACGCCUGUUACCAGAUUUGCCUAAAAGCUCCAAAACUUUUUUAAGAACUUCCAGUUCCAGUUACGAUAUAAAAAAUAUAAAGGAUUCAUUGGGUAACGAUGCUGAUUUUGUCUACCUUGGAAUAGAGAAAGGUCUAAAAGCAAGAAUCAAUGAGGACUUGGUUAAGGACACGAUUGAGUUGGUAAUAAACAUGGAUGGAAUGCCGCUUAAUAAAUCUGGUGUAAAUCAGUUUUGGCCUAUUUUGGUUCAGAUUUUUUCUAAGGAUGAAGUUCAUGAACCGUUUCCAGUCGCAAUUUUUCAUGGAAAUGCAAAGCCAAAUUUGGAUGAAUUUUUAGAUGAUUUCAUCACCGAAAUUAAUCAACUUCUAAAAGAAGGUAUUGAAAUUUCUGAAGGAAGAAAAAUAAACAUUUGUAUUAAAUGCUUUAUUUGCGACACACCAGCCAGGAACUACAUCAAGGCAACCAUAGGUCACGGAGGGUAUUAUUGCUGUGAACGAUGUACUGUGAAGGGAGAUAGAUUUAAAAUGAUCGAAGAAGAUGGAGUAAUAAAAAAAGUUCACCUUCAAAGAACAGUUUAUCCUGAAACAAAAUGUGCUGAAAGGACUGACGAUUCGUUCAGAAAAAUGGAACAAAAAGAACACCAUCACAAAACCUCUCCAAUCACUCGCAUUUCACCACCAGUAGAUAUGAUUUUUUCAUUUCUACUAGAUUUUAUGCAUUUAUGCUGUCUAGGUGUAAUGAAAAGAAUGUUGGAAUGGUGGCUCAUUAAUAAGGCAACAAAACUGUCAGGAAAUUUUCGGAAUGAGUUAGGAAGAAGGAUGGAGCUUUUAAAGUAUCAAGUGCCGUCCGAAUUUAAACGUAAGCCAAGAUCUACAAAAUUUUAUGCAAAAUGGAAGGCCACAGAGUACAGAUUUUUUUUAUUAUAUUGUGGGCCUAUUGUUUUAAAAAAAAUUUUAAGUACGGCUAUGUAUAAACACUUUUUAUUAUUACAUGUAUCGUGUAGAAUCUUAUGUUGCGUAAAAUUAUGUACACGUUUUACAAAUUAUGCUAAAGAAUUUUUAAUUCGAUUUUUUGAAAGUUUACCAAUUUUUUACGGUUCUAAGUCUCAAAUUCUUAACUUCCACAAUUUAAUACAUUUGUCAGAUGAUGUUCAUAAUAUGAAUUGUUCUCUUAAUCAUGUAACUGCAUUUCCGUUUGAAAAUUUACUGGGAAAAAUUAAACGCCGUUUAUUACGCACUUCCGUUCGACCUUUAGCUCAGGUAUGUAGAAGAUUGCACGAAGAGGACAUGCAACAAAUAUCGAAAAAGCCCAUUGCUUUAAAAAAUUUCGAAAUUUUAGAAACCAAAAAUGACGAAAUUCUAAAAAUAAAUUAUCAAAAGUAUGAGAUUUCCACCAAGUCACCAAAUAAUAUUGUUCUUUUAACUAAUGAUGUUGUAUUAAAUAUUGAGAAAAUUUUUAAAGUAAAUAAUGAAUACAAAAUUUCAGGGCUAGAGUACGAAAAGAAAAAAUCCUUGUUUGAAUAUCCGGUUGAUUCGAAACACCUGAAAAUGUGGGAAGUUGAAAGUGGAUUAAUGAGUAAUAAAUACACAUUUCCUUUAGAGUUAAUUGACAGUAAAUUGGUUAAGAUAAGUGUAAAUUAUAAAGAAAAUGACAAUUAUAGACACUAUGUUAUGCCAUUGUUACAUUGAAAUAUGCGCUUUAACAUAAUACAAUAAAAAAAAUAUUUGAUUAAUAAAUAUUUUUAAAAAAUUA